UCAGAUUUAGAAAUUUCUCAUGAACUAUCUGAAAGUUUGGAUAUACAAGAUAAUGGAAUUCAUAAAGGACAGCAUUUGGUUGAGAUAUUGUCAGAUUUGGAAAUUUCUUAUGAACUAUCUGAAAGUUUGGAUGUACAAGAUAAUGGACAGCAUUUGGUUGAGAUAUUGUCAGAUUUGGAAAUUUCUCGUAAACUAUCUGAAAUAAUCUUGCAAAAUCAAUACAAUAAAGGCUCAAAAAAACUUAAUUGUGAUUGGCAACUUAAUCUGUUAUCGGCUAUGGGUUUGAUUCGUAUAACUAGUUUUUGUAAUCAUCACAUUGAGCACCAACUUUCACCGGAUACUAUGAUUUUUGCACCUGUUAAUUGUCAUUUCUCUAAUGAGUGUCAUGAGGAUAUUCGUCAUUUAGUAGUCAAUAGUCGAUGCGAUUUAUCAACAAUACGAUCUCUUGUCUCUGCCAAAUAUUCUGAUCAGCUUUUCUUAACAUGUGAUCUAGCGAAUAUUGUGACACAACUGCGGCGGGAACAUCAUAUAGAAGGAAAUGAUGCAUCUAGACUUCUAACCCUACUUUAUGAAUACAAAGAGGCAGAUCCGAAUUGGUAUAUUAAACCUUUAAUUGAUCCUGUUAGCAGUCGACUUCGUGGGAUUUUUUGGAUGGAUCCAGGACAACGAGAAAGAUGGAUCCGAUUUUGCGAUAUAAUUAUUCAGGAUAAUACAGCACAAACAAAUCAUUACAAUUUUCCUUUGUGCCUUUUUGUUUUAAUUAAUAACUACAAUAAGACCAGGAUUGCUGUACAGGCUUUAAUGCCUGAUGAGACAAUCGAAUCAUUUCAAUGGGUAAUGCAGCAACUAGAGGAUGCAACUGGAAUUUUACCAAGAGUACUGAUAACGGAUGAAGAUCUUUCUAUGAAACAUGUAGUUAAACGUGUAGAAAAAAAGAUUUGCUUUAAUAAAACAAUGAGUCUUGCAAAACAAGUGAUUGCACUACAAGGUGAUAAUGAAAAUGAUUAUGAAUUGGACAUUUUUUUAAAGGAUUAUAUCGAAAAAAAGCAACAUGAAUGUGAAAAAGAAACACGAGAAAGAGAACUUCGAAUUUUAAGGGAGCAUUAUAAUGCAGGAGAGGUUGUCGCUGUACAAAUAAAUAAUGAACUAGUUUCUAUUGAAAAAGUUUCAAAUCCUGCAUACCAU